AUGGGCCGUUGUGAUACCACAGAUGAACGUCGUUCGUAUGCACACCCAACAUUGGGCAUUCUGCCGGCAGUUGUUGAAAUCAGAUCAAUACAGAAAAUUGCACAAUUUAAUUGUUUCGAGCGCAUAGCAUUGGAAGCGAUGCUGCCAUUUGAAAAGACUUUCCGUACCGAAGACACCAAUUCAUUGAAAAUGUGCAAAGAUAAAUGCUUACAAGCGGGCGAAAAAUGUCAGGCAAUAUCAUUUGGUGUGCAUCGACGCGGAAAUGGCACCUGUCAAUUAUCGACGCAAAAGUAUAGCCUAAGCAGUGGACGUCCAAGUGGUAUAAUUUACGAUCCAGACUUCGAUUUGUAUGCACGAAAGACAAAUUGUUUCGAUUUGAGUGAUAACUCAAUCACAAUGCCGGAUGUCCCAGUUAGAGACUUAGGAGGUUACAGUGGCUUGCCAUCAACACCAACAAUCAGCGUACCAAGUAGACCUGUCGAAAGCACACCAAUACUUAUUGUUAACCCAUCACCCACCACUUCAACUACGUUGAGUGAUACACCACAGCCACCAACUAGUGUUUAUGGCAGCACACAAGUAAUAAAUUUGUCAGAGGGGCCAAUAUCUACAUUAGGACCAACUACCACAAAUGGUGAUCGCCUAUAUUUCACACAAGAUGUUUAUCCAUUAUACAAAUAUCCAAUGUUGUAUGAACCAAAUUAUCCUGCACCAAAUGAAGAUGUAUACAUACCAGGAGGUUAUGCUUCGAAUGUACCCGAAGUAGCAGAUCAUUAUCGUCCGGGUUAUGCUGCAGAUGAUAGUGUAAGACCUACACCAAAUGGUCCACCAAGACCAAUUUUUGGAUUAGGUUAUGGAACUGGUUAUAGUUAUGGUAAACCCGAACCAUACAGCCCACCUACGGCAAGACCGGAUGAUUAUGAUAGAAAUCGACCAGAUUAUACAGCUAGACCAAGCUCAUACCCUAGUGACAGACCCAUAGGACCAAAUAGUCGUCCCACGAGACCUGAUUUUGAUCAUACAACACCAUCAACAUACUACACACGUCCAGAAUAUGGACCAAAUCGUCUGCCAGCACAAGAUCAAAGACCACCAUCUCCAGCACCGGGUAGUUUUGUAGAUUAUACAAACCGUCCAGAUCCACCUCAAAAUGGUUAUAACAAUGCCGGGGCCAGUGCAAGACCGCCACCUCAACGUGACCCUAGACCGGGAUACAAUAAUGGUCAGAGCGAUAGUAAUCAAUACGAUUACGUGCGGCGAAAUGAUUCUGCGCCACAUAGUGAUGGUUCUUAUGACGACAAAACUAUUUCUACGUAUUUCAAUCCAGAAGAUUAUUUAUCUGGAAAUAAAAAACGUCCUGGUUCAUAUAACGAUAAGCACCAAGCUGGCUAUCCAAUGGAUCAAAUGAAAGUUCAGACGGACUAG